AUGGCUGCCAACCAAAAUUCAUUCAUCAGGAGGCUCCAAAAGUCCUCAAAACUGAUGGGAUGUCUCGUGGUCGCAGCAGCAUGCGUGACCUCUACGACUAAGGGAUAUGAUGGAUCCAUGAUGAACUCUCUCAAUGAACUACCCAGUUAUACAAACUACUUUGUUCUUCACACUACCACCAAGUCUCUCAAUACCUGCGCUGUAUGGCUCGGUGGUAUCAUCUCGGCUGCUAUAGCAGGUCCUGUCGCGAACCGAUAUGGUCGACGACGCACUCUUAUAUGUGCAUCCAUAUUCACUAUCUUCGGGGCCAUUUUACAAGCUGCCGCCCAAAACAUCCCUAUGUGGAUUGUGUCUCGAAUGUUUAUUGGGUUUGGUAUUACGUUCUCAAUGAUUGCAGCUACCGCAUAUACAGCUGAGACACUGCCUGUGCAUUGGCGAGGCUGGGGUGUUGGUCUCCUUGGUGAUUUGUACUAUGUCGGCGGAUUCGUGGCUUCUGGAGUGACAUACGGCACUGCAAACAUGAACAGUACAUGGGCAUGGCGACUUCCAUCUGCACUGCAAGGCGUAUUCAGUCUUAUUUCCUUGGUUGUGCUAAUGGUGGUCCCUGAAUCUCCUCGAUGGCUUGCUAUGCAAGACAGAAACAAAGAAGCGCUCCAAGUUAUUGCUCUGCUCCAUUCGGACGGCGAAACUAGUCACCCAGAUGCUCUUGCAGCGUAUCAAGAGAUUCUUGACCGUAUUGAAUUUGAGCGUACAGGCGGACGACAAAUCUCGCUGAAACACAUUGUCAAGACUCCCGACUUGCGUAUGAGAUUAAUCUUGGUUGUAUCUGCGUCAGUUUGUGCCAUGUUGUCGGGAAACAAUAUUGUCAGCUUCUAUCUUGGUGACUUGCUCAAUAAUGCUGGGAUCACAGACUCGAAUACCCAGCUUCAAAUCACUAUCAUCAUGAACGCAUGGUGUCUGGUUGUUUCCAUCAUCGGCACUCGGUUGCUUGAUCAAUUUGGCCGAAAGAAAAUAGCCAUCCUUAGCAAUUCCUGUAUGGUUGGCAUGCUCUUCCUCGUUGGCGGGCUCACAGCUAGAUUCGGGACAUCAACAAACACAUCCGGAGUCUACGGCACAGUCGCCAGCAUAUUCCUCUUCCAAGGCAUCUACAGUCUCGCCUGGACCCCUUUAAUCAUGCUCUACCCACCCGAAAUCCUGAACUACAACAUGCGAGUCUACGGCGUCGGUCUCAUGGAGUUCCUCGGCAACUGCUUUGGUCUUCUAAUUGUCUUCGCGUUCCCGUUCGCUUUCGCGGCUAUUGGAUGGAAGUUCUACAUGAUCAACGCAGCCUGGAAUGUGCUCGAAGUCGCCUUUGUGGCAUACUUCUGGAUUGAAACUAAGGAUAUGACGCUGGAGCAGAUUGACGAGAAGCUUCUUGGACUCUAUGGCAAAGUUAGAUAUGUCGAUGGUAUUGAAGGCGCUGAAGGGAAGGGGGAUAUUGUGCAGACUGUGAAGAUGGAGGAGAAGGAGUGA